GUAGACACAGACAGCUGCUGGAGUGGAGAUAGAGAUGAAAUGGGGUGAUUGUACAUAUCAUGUAGUUGUGUUGAACCGGAGCCGGAUCGUUGAGCGGUCACACAAAGAAAGAAACAAAAAUUAAAAGAGAGUCUGCUGCUGGUAGAGCAGAGCAACAAAAGAGCGAGAGAGAACUAGACAAGAACACCCGAGAGUAGAGUCAGUGGAAAGUGAGUGCGUUGGCGAAGUAGGGAGUCGUUGUCCUCCAAGUCCUCGUUCGUUCGUGUCCAGCAACCACCAACCGGACGACCAGCACCAGUGCUACGCGAACUGCCUUCUCGUUCGUGUCAUUCUCUUCAGUUAAACUAUUUUUUUUUAUUUACAUCUGUAUUAUUAUUUUUUUGAUUGUUUAGAAAAUUAACUUAUGUUAGCACGUGCUGGUAAUUUUUUGAAUUUAUGCGUCAGCGAUGUGAUCUAGAAGAACUGAUAUUGAAGAAAAAACAUUUAAUUUUACACUAGACGUUGGGAGAACCGGUAGACAAUCACCCAGUGGAAGGAUCAAACGCCUCGGAGUUUUUUAAAAGUACAGAGUAGAGGAAAAUGGAAUUGCUGGGCUGUGUGAGCAGGGAGAUGGCAGCUAAGCCAGAGAGAUAGCGUUAGUUUGAGCCGUGUGGAGACCGAUACGUGAUACGCUCCUGGGGAAGUUAAACGGGCCCCGGGGACUGAUCGUGAUGCCAACCGCGACAAUCCAAUGGGCCCUUGCUAUCCUCUCGCUUGCACUCAUUGACGCGUCUCCUCUUCAUCCUCUUCCGCCGCACGCAGGAAUUACCAAGCGGUCUUACAUCGGUUACUAUGAGCCAGUUUCGUAUGACACAACUAUUUUACAACGACAUCGAAGUCGUGGACGACGAGAUGUAUCCGAAGCCACCAAGUUUCAGCCAAUUGUACUUCACCUUCGGGCAUUCGACAGAGAAUGGACAAUGCGACUCGUUCAAGACACUGUCUUUGCAAAGGAUGCUGUUUUUGAAGGAACAAAUGGACCAAUUGCCUUUGACUCUUCGCACUCUUACACUGGAACUAUUGCUGAGGACGACAAUGCCAUUGUGGAAGGAAUAGUGACAGAAGACGGUCUGUUUGAUGGAUUCGUUUCUACGGGCGCUGAAGAGUAUUACUUUGAGCCGACAAGCAGAUAUUUAACGAGAACACAAGAUUCUGAGAAUAAAGACAACGAUACAUCACCUACUUAUCAUACUAUAGCGUAUCGCGCUUCAGACGUCGUCGCUCCACCGCAACCGCGUCGUUGUCCCAGUCGAGAACUGCAUAAAGGAAAUUUAAAAAAUUUUGUAGAUGAAAACAACAGCAAGAAAAAUGAAUCCUUUGAGCCCUACUUUGAGCAGCUUCAGGACCAAGAAAUUCGCGACUCUGGGGGUUACUAUUCGCGUGAAUUAAAUCGGAGGCAAGCAAACAAAGGAGGCUCAAAUGUUCAAUUUAUUGACGGGAUCAACAGAGACAGAUUCACCAGACAUUUACACAAGCGGGCGACAGUCGAUCCCCGUAAAACGACAUGCAUGUUGUACCUGCAAGCCGACCAUCAGUUUUUCUCUCGAUACGGCACCGAGGAAGCGUGCAUCGAAGUCAUGACAAGACAUGUCCAGCGAGUUAAUUCUAUUUACAAACACACUGAUUUUAAUCAAGAUGGAAGACCUGACAAUAUAAGUUUUAUGAUAAAGAGAGUCAAAGUACACAACGCAGAGGCGAUGAAAGAUCCCCACUAUCGAUUCCCAAACAGUUACGGAGUCGAAAAAUUUUUAGAACUUUUUUCAGAGGAAGAUUAUGACGCAUUUUGUUUGGCCUACAUGUUCACGUACCGGGACUUUGAGAUGGGGACACUUGGACUCGCCUGGACAGGCGAUUUAAAAAAUGCCGGCGGCGUUUGUGAAAAGAACGGACAUUACAGAGGAAGCAUGAAGUCGCUGAAUACCGGAAUCGUAACUUUACUAAAUUAUGGGAAACACGUACCACCAGCUGUUUCUCAUGUAACUCUGGCACACGAAAUUGGCCAUAAUUUUGGCUCACCGCACGACCCAGAACAGUGUACGCCAGGUGGUGAGGAUGGAAAUUUUAUAAUGUUCGCCCGUGCAACCAGUGGUGACAAGCGUAACAACAAUCGCUUCAGCCCAUGCAGUCUCAACGCCAUAAAUCCAGUGCUAAAUACUAAAGCACGGUCGCCCAAAGGCUGCUUCACUGAACCACAAGCGUCACUUUGUGGCAAUGGAGUUAUCGAGGACGGGGAAGAGUGUGACUGCGGAUGGGAAGAAGAUUGCCGUGAUUCCUGUUGUUUUCCUCAGCGCCGGUAUCCACCGGCAGAAGAAAAACCCUGUACUCUGACUCCUAGAUCUAUUUGCAGUCCUAGUCAAGGUCCUUGCUGUACAACAGACUGCAAAUUAAAGUUUUCUGACAAGUGCCGAGAGGACAACGGCUGUCGGGACGCCAGUUUUUGUGAUGGCAGGUCACCCCACUGUCCUCCGUCUAUCAACAAACCAAAUAAAACUAUUUGUAAUCGCGAGCUGGUGUGUUUUAUGGGAGAGUGCACUGGGAGUAUUUGUCUUGCUUAUGGCUUGGAAUCUUGUCAGUGUAUCCCUGGGCCUGAUGAUCCACCGACCAAAGCUUGCGAGCUCUGCUGCCGGAUUCCUGGUGGCAAUCAGCCUUGCCUAUCAUCAUUCGACUGGAACUCACCGCCCUAUGAUAUUCCUGACAUGUUUUCAAAACCCGGAACGCCGUGCAACGAUUACAAUGGGUACUGUGACGUAUUUCAAAAAUGCCGGGAAGUUGAUCCAAGUGGACCCUUGGCUACACUCAGGAAAUUAUUGCUGUCAGAUGAAAGUCUGGCCACGUUCAGGAGAUGGGUCGUCGAGCAUUGGUAUGCAGUUGCUAUUCUCAUUCUCGCAGCGAUAUCUUUACUCGUAGCAACGAUUCGGUUCCUCGGCAAAAGGUCGAACCCGAAGCUCAAGUCGGUGACAAUAAUCCACAGUUCAACGACCGAAACAGUGAGAUUGCCACCGGAAGGUGCGGAGGGAGUGACCAUUCACCCGCCGGCAGUCAGGGCGAAACUUCCGUUGAACCAAAAAGUAAGGGAAAAACGACGGGAUAACAAACAGAAGAAUCUCUUGGUAACUAAUUCAGUUAACAACAGUAACAACAAGACAGCAAAGAUUACGACCAUGAUGAGAAGGAGAAGUAAACAGCCACCGGAAUUAGCUAAGAAGAAAAAGAAAAAGAAGAAACGUGUGGUGCCAAUUGUCGGUGAAGAGCCAGGUCGCAAACGUAUUGAGGUAUCAACAGCGCUACCACUACCACUGCCUUCUACUGCUGAUCAAUCAGUUCCCAUGCCUGCUGAAGAGACUCCGAGAAAAGUAUCUUCCAAGGAAGUUGGAGUGAAGAAGAAACGUAAGAAAAAAGAAAUAAAUUAUUCAAUUACCCAAGGAGAUGACGACAAUGAAGUCACAGCUGGUGAUAAUUCAGACCCUAAGAGUAAAGUUCGCUCUUGGUUACUGGCGUCUCACGGUAGAGUAGAACCAACAAGUAUCGCGGCUUUACCAAAAAGCAAAUCAACACCAGUAGGUCUUGCUGGUUCUCCAGCGGUUCCAAGUCCACGAACUGCUGCUGCUGUCACUGCCGCAACUUCAAGAACGCGACCCAUGAAUAUCAGAAGGUCAGCGGACACAAAAGCUCAGCGUACUGUCAACUCUACCCGAGCCAAGGAUCCAGCAAACGAACGUGUGAGACUGCAAAUUGUAUACAAGCCACCGUUCAAGUUCAGUGUCAAGCUCAGAAAAACUGACAAAAAUCUCCAAACAUCCGGUAAUCGUAAAAAUGUACGAAAUUAUCAUCCAAGAACGGCAGUGCUAGUUCGUGCGUCAAACAAAAAAGAUAAAUUCAGGAAAGGCCAGCAAACAUCAACGUCUGCAGGAGUAAAUGCUACUGGUCGAGCCAUCGAGUCUUCCCACGCUGCCAACUCAGAUCUUCAUACUGUUCCUUCAGAUCUUGAAGUUCUGCUGUCGGAGAGUGAGUUUUUAUUUUCCGAUGCGUGACAUUUGUCACCGGUCAUCCGGAAUUGGAUGAAAAAAAAUUAUAACGAGUAUGUAAAAUAAAGUAAUAGAAAAAAUCUACAUAUACAUAUAUAGAUUUAUAAGUUUAGGUAUAAUAAUAAUAAUUUUAUAAGCCAUGAGGAUGAGGAUAAAAAAAUUAAACGGAAGAAAGUCCAAAACGAAUAACAUAACUACUAGUCUUUCGUGAAUUGCAUUCCUUUUAAUAAGUAUUUAUUUUAUUUACUACUGUAUUUUGCUCAUUACAAGCAGUAUAUAUAUGUAUUUUUUUUUCGUAAGUUUAUAAUUAUAUGCCGUAAAAACCUUAAUGACAAACGAAGCUUUAUCAUAAAUUUAAAUACAGUAAAAAAAUUUAAGUCGGUAUUGACUAAUAAUGAUGUAAAGUAAUAGCAAAACUAAAAAAAAAUACUCAGUGUAAAUAUACUGUUACCUGUGAUUAUUAUAAAUAUUUUUUUUCGUUAUUAUUUCUUCCAUGAUCGUGUCCCGAGGCUAUUGAUCUGUCGUCUUCCUAACUCCGGCACGUGCAUGAAAGUGUCUCUUGACGAUCCUCAAGCACGAUCGCAAAAGACGGGAACAAAAUAAUAAAAUAGUUAGAUAGCAUUUUUUAAUAAUCAGUAACUUUAUACAAUUAUUUAAAUUUAAAAAUAUACAUCAUGUUAUUCAUUGUGAUAUGUGCCAAUAAGAGGUACCAGUGCACUGCCGAUCAUUUACAUAAAUUAAUAAUAAAUACAUGUGACAUUUACUUUCUUGCCUUAAAUGCUUAUCCAAUUUUGGCAGACAUUAUUAAUAUUUUUAUUUUUUGAGUAACAAUAAAUACCUUAAUUUUUGAUGAUCAAUUAAAAAGAAAAUAUAAUAAUAAUUAAAUAAACAAAUCGAGACUAUCAAUGUAGCCUAAUGUUGUAAAAGGCUUAAACCUACAUUUCCUAUUGUACUUUUUAUUCUUGACAUUCCUAAUAAUUGUAACUAGAAUACAAAUAAUUAUGUGAGUUUAUAUUUUUACUGAUAAAUAAUUAACGAAAAAACAAAAAAAAAAUAAUUAUAUGAAAUGUAAAUAUUUGUAGAGCAUAAUAUACUUAACAUGUGCUCGAAAAAAUGUACUUACUGAGUACAUAAAUUAAAUAUGAAUCGCUUAACAAAAAUAUUUCGUCCAAAAUAAUUGAAAAUAGUUGAAUAUAAAUGAAUAAUUAUAAAAAAUACAUAAUUACUCACAUUUUCUAUUGUUGUAUACAAGAGUAUUGGUCUGCUGUAUUUUUUCACGGGCUUUGUAUAAAUAGAAUAUUAAUGACGGCUGUAUUCGU